UCCAGAUUGCACAUUAGAUAAUAUUUGAAUGGUUAGUAGUUAGUAGAGUGUCCCAUUUCAAAAAUAAACACAAAAAUCAAAGAAUCCCCACUGAAGAAUAGAAAAAAGCCAUGGUAAGACUAAAUUCAGACACCGGAAAGGCAAUGCUUUCUUAUAGAUUGCAAAGAAAAUAAUAUUUGCAUGGUUAGUAGUUAGUGGAGUGUCCCAUUCGAAAAAUAAACACAAAAAACAAAGAAUCCCAUCCCCACCGGAGAAUAGAAAAAGCCAUGGUAAGACUAAAUUUGAAAACGACAAGUCAAGUCAAUUUCAUUGAGACUGAGUCGUAAUAACAUGGUGAGGCUGAGUUCUCGAUUGACUUAAAUGGUUUCACAAACGAGAGAGAAUUACAUGAAUAACAAACAUUUCGAUGUCUCAAAAUAGGCUUCUCCUUGCUGCCUUCUUUGCCUUUCUUGCAAUCCACUCCCAUGUUUCCUCUGGCUCCAACAAUGACUAUGACUAUGAAUACUAUGAUGUUAAACGCAUACCUUACAACUGUACACAAUCUUCUUCUUCUUCAUGUGGCAAUAUCCUCAUCUCAUACCCAUUUCGACUCAAAGGAGACUCUCCAGGCUGUGGUGACCCCAUCUACGAACUCUCUUGCCAGAACAAUCAAACUAUACUCAGCUUGGAUUCUCAAACAUACUUGGUGAAGGAUAUCGACUACUACAACAGCACAAUCCGGAUUGCCGAUGUUGGCGUCCAGCUUGGUAAUUGCUCCUCCAUGCCUAUCAGUUCUUUAGCCUUUUUCGAAUACCCAUAUAUCCGAGAAGGUGAAUGCUUCUAUCAACCGUUUGAUUUUCCCGCACUCUACGAUCUAGCUUAUGUAAGCUGUGAAAGUCCAGUGAAUUCUAGCACUUAUGUGGAUGCUUCUCCCUGUAUAAUCCAAACCAACUCAACCAACAACACAAGAUCAUAUCAUUAUGUUCUGGUUGGUGAUUUUAAGAAUACAGACUUGAAGGUCAACUGUGCCUUUGAUUUCCUCUCAUAUACAUUUUUAGAUGGCAACUACAAUAACUAUUCUUACAUGGACAUCCAUAAGAAGCUUGUUUAUGGUGUGGAGGUUUCUUGGGCUACAAUUUCAUGUGCUGCUUGUAGAGGAGAUGGUUUUUGUCGUCUAGAGAACAACACCAUUAUCCAAAACUGCGGAAGCGAACCAUACUGUUACACUCCAUCUAAGUGCGACUUACGAUGCAUGCUCAUAUAUUUUUUCAACCAAAUGGUUCCGGAAGAGAUACAGUACCACAUAGGCCCAACAAUAGAGCACAAGGUGCUCGCACCAGUUCUUGUCACAAGAACAUUAUUUGGGUUCCUGUGUCUUUUUGCGCUUAUGGUUUCUAAGUGGCGCAAGAAGCUUUUAUCCAUGGAUGACACUCUUGAAGAAUUCCUCCAAAGUCAAAAUAAUUUUAUGCCCAUAAGGUACUCUUACUCACAAAUUAAGAAGAUGAGCGGACAUUUUCAGGACAAAUUGGGGGAAGGAGGUUAUGGCUCUGUCUUCAAAGGAAAACUUAGAAGUGGCAGACUGGUAGCAAUCAAGAUGUUGGGCAAAGCAGAAGGUAAUGGACAAGACUUUAUUAAUGAAGUUGCAACCAUUGGGAGGAUUCACCAUGUCAAUGUGGUGAGUCUUGUUGGCUUCUGCUCCGAGGGAACAAAACGUGCUCUUGUAUAUGAUUUCAUGCCCAAAGGAUCUCUUGACAAAUACGUUUCGUCCCGCGAGGGCCAUAUCUCCUUAAGUUGGAAGAAAAUGUACGAAAUUUCUCUUGGGGUUGCACGAGGGAUUGAAUAUUUGCAUCGAGGUUGUGACAUGCAGAUCCUACACUUUGAUAUUAAGCCUCACAACAUCCUUCUCGAUGAAAAUUUUGUUCCAAAGAUAUCAGAUUUUGGCCUUGCUAAAUUGUACUCAACAAAUGAUAGUAUCGUGUCUCUCACUGCGGCAAGAGGAACAAUCGGAUACAUAGCCCCAGAGUUGAUCUACAAAAGAAUUGGAGGUGUUUCAUACAAAGCUGAUGUGUAUAGUUUUGGAAUGCUAUUAAUGGAAAUGUCAGGGAAAAGGAAGAAACUCGACGCAGCUACGAAUGAUAAUUCAAGUCAGAUGUACUUUCCUUUGUGGGUUUACCAUGAAAUGGUUCAAGGAAAGAAUACAGAAGUCGAGGAUGUCACAGUGGAGGAGGAGAAUAUGAUUAAGAAGAUCACAGUAGUAGGGUUAUGGUGUAUACAGAUAAGCCCUUGCGAUCGUCCCUCAAUGAGAAAAGCAAUCCAAAUGCUUGAAGGACAUGUAGAAAAUUUGAAAUUGCCUCCUGAGCCUACUUUUAAUAUAGAACAAGUACCGGCAGAGAAUGUUGAAGAAGCUACAAACCCGACGUGGUCAUCCUUGACAUCAGCAGGGACUUCAGAAUCUGUCAGAUUGGUUAUAGAUGCAGAUUGAGUAAAUUUAAUGCUACGUAUACAUAAGAUUGAGCCAAUAAAAGACAUUGAAACUCCAUUAUAAUAAUGAAGUUUGUUUAUCA